UUGUGCCUUUAGCAAGGCCAUCGAAGCAAUACAUUUUCCAUCGUCUGAAAUGCGACGAACCAGAGUUCUGGCUGACAAUUGCUACAGAAGGGAACUCGGGUCUCUAUCAGAAACUCUGAAAACGUAAUGGCUGGCAUGAAAUAUGAGGCAUGGCAGAGAGACAAGGCCAGAGCGUUGCAGUCAUUAUGGCAGCAGCAAACAGCAGAGCAGAGUCUUAGUUUUUAUUGCACCAAAGAUUCUGCUACGAAGAAAAAACACAGCACGCCCCUCUGCUUGAAAUCUCUCUGUAUUAUCACAGAGAUUAAAAGAAGGCAGACUACCAGUGGUUGGUUCUUUCUACCACUGACCAUUCUUUUCUUCCCCUUCGUUUUCCUUCCUUUUUUUACUGUCUUCCAGUCUUUCUCUCUAGGUUGGGCAUCGAUUCUAUUGAAGGACAUGAUCAACACGAGAAGCAGAGCCCCUUUUACUGCUUCGCAAUGGCAAGAACUUGAGCACCAGGCUCUCAUCUUUAAAUACAUGGUGGCUGGAGUCCCUGUUCCUCCUGAACUAUUGCUGCCCAUACGAAGAAGUUCUGAUUCAUUCUCCCCUUCCCUGCUUCACCAGAACAACUGGUGGGGUUGCUUGAGAAUGGGUUUUGGCAGGAACGAAGACCCUGAGCCUGGCAGAUGCAGGAGAACAGACGGAAAGAAAUGGAGGUGCUCCAAGGAUGCAUUUCCGGACUCCAAGUACUGUGAGCGGCACAUGCACAGAGGCCGGAACCGUUCAAGAAAGCAUGUGGAAGUGAACUCUUCUUCAACCGCCCAGUCAUCCUCUUCUUUUUCAUCCUCGUUUCAAGCAUUGCAUGCCUCACGUUCUUCCUCUUCCCCUCUAACGCUGGGCACAGGGUCAUACUCUUCAGCGUACAGAGAAUACAGGUACUUUAAUCCACUGAGACAAGAUAUAAAUGAACAUGCCUUCCUGUCAAAGGGGUCAGGUGACUCAGGAGCCAGUGAUGCUUCCUCUCAAGAGAACCAAUGGAGCUUGGCACCGCUCAAACUUGGCACUCUUGAUCUGAAGAAAGAGAGUGAUGGUUAUACCCUCCAGAAUGGAUUCCCACAGUUUCUGAAGAGUGAAGGGAUCUCAAAACAGCAGCACCAGUAUGGUUUUCUGAGCAGAGAUUUUAUGUCAGAGCAUUCUAAAGACGUAAAAGAAGAGAAGGUGCAAGAAGUGCAGCCACUUCGGUGUUUCUUUGACGAUUGGCCUAAGACCAAGGAUUCAUGGUCUUGUCUUCCUGGGGAUCAGUCCAAUGAUAACUCUUUCACGACCACCCAGCUCUCAAUCUCCAUUCCCAUGGCUUCUUCAGACAUCUCAUUUACCAAUGCAUGAUUUCUAACAGAUGAUGGGAUUCUACUCAAGUGUCAGAGUUCAGUACCAAAAACAUGAGUCCGCAGCUGCUGUGGCUCUACAGGGUCCAGUCAGUCAACUGACCUGCAAGCACAUUUAGUCUUUUGCUGUCUGCAACGAUUUACUACCUCUGUUUCUGGCCCCUUCUUUUACCGCACCCUUUUCCCCCCUCUACCCUUGUUUACCAUCUCUGAGACCCACCAUAAUGAAUGUUAGUUGUUCUACAUGUGCAAUAAGUGGGACGCCAUUCCUUCUCCA